AUGAAGACCGCCAGCCGCGCCCAGCCCCGCAGCAGUCCUCCGCUGGUCCAGAUGAGGCGCUACACACCCGGGCUGUAUCCUUUCCUGUUCCCUACCGUCAUCAGCUCCCUGCCACAGCUGCCGCUGCCAUCACCUCAGAGGCUGCAGAUCCAGCAGCCAUCAAGCAGCGGCAGUACACCUUCGCCUGUUGCCAUUGAAACACAGAGCACCAGUUCUGAGGAGCUCGUCCCCAGCCCACCAUCUCCGCUGCCCCCUCCCAGAGUCUACAAGCCUUGCUUCGUCUGCCAGGACAAGUCCUCUGGAUACCACUAUGGAGUCAGCGCUUGCGAGGGCUGCAAGGGGUUUUUCCGCCGCAGCAUCCAGAAGAACAUGGUGUACACAUGUCACCGGGAGAAGAACUGCAUUAUCAACAAGGUGACGAGGAACCGCUGUCAGUACUGCCGCCUGCAGAAGUGCUUUGCCGUGGGAAUGUCCAAAGAGUCUGUUCGAAAUGACCGGAAUAAGAAGAAGAAAGAGAGCCCAAAGCCGGAGCUGGCAGAGAGCUACGAGCUGACAGCAGAGCUGGAGAACAUCAUUGAAAAGAUUCGCAAGGCCCAUCAAGAAACCUUCCCCUCCCUCUGCCAGCUUGGCAAAUACACCACGAACUCGAGUGCAGACCACCGUGUGAGGCUGGACCUGGGCCUAUGGGACAAAUUCAGCGAGCUGGCCACCAAGUGCAUUAUCAAGAUCGUGGAAUUUGCCAAACGAGUGCCUGGCUUCACGGGGCUGACCAUCGCAGACCAGAUCACGCUCCUGAAAGCUGCCUGCCUGGACAUUUUGAUCCUGCGCAUCUGUACGAGGUACACCCCCGAAAAGGACACCAUGACCUUCUCGGAUGGGCUGACCCUCAACCGGACGCAGAUGCACAACGCUGGCUUCGGCCCUCUCACUGAAUUGGUGUUCACUUUUGCCAACCAGCUGCUGCCCAUCGAGAUGGACGACACGGAGACAGGCCUCCUCAGCGCCAUCUGUCUCAUCUCUGGAGAUCGUCAGGACCUGGAGGAGCCCUCCAAGGUGGACCAGCUCCAGGAGCCACUGCUGGAGGCUCUGAAGAUCUACGUGAGGAAGCGCCGUCCCAGCAAACCCCACAUGUUCCCCAAAACCCUGAUGAAGAUCACCGACCUGCGCAGCAUCAGUGCUAAAGGAGCAGAACGCGUCAUCUCUCUGAAGAUGGAGAUCCCAGGUUCCAUGCCGCCACUAAUCCAGGAGAUGCUGGAGAACUCGGAGGGCCAAGACAGCCAGAGUAACAGCAACAGCACUUCAGCCGAGGCCGCGGAAGGUGAAGGUGAAGGUGAAGGUGAAAGGGAAGGGGAAGGGGCCAGCCCCGGCGGCAAGGACAGUCCCAAGGAGGACACCCCUGCCCAGGAGUCACCGGAUUCCUUGGACACAGAGGAGGCUGCAGCCACACCUCCUAGCGAAGAGCCCUAGGAGGGUGCACCCAUGGGUGCCUCUGAGACUUGCUCUGACAUUUCUUUGCACACAAAAAAAGAACAGCCGGCAAGGAGUAGACCCCCCCCCAUGCCCAACCUCUCUGCCCUGACUCUCUGACGCUUGGUAUUAUGUUAUCUUUGUAUCCUUCUUCUCCCAUUCCUCUAAAACUCCCUCCUUAAAAAGAAAACGUCAACACGGAGGCCUCAAAGGAUUUCGGUUUGUGUAUAAUGCUGAACUGAGCUCUCAUUUGUAAUGGCGUCUCUGGGACUGUGACAAGAAGGACGUGGCCCUCACAAACCGCCAGAGAUGAUACUCCUCAGGUCUCCCGUGUAACUCCUUAUCUGCAUGACAGGAGUUGGAUAAGUGGUUUUACUCCUCUCUCUCUUUCUCUUUCCUACUCUGUCCUCAUCUCUUUCCCUCUCUCAUGUUGUUGGCAUACGUACAUUGUACAUACCAUCGUAUGGUUAGAUCUCUGUUUCUAUGAUGAAUUUUGUGGUGCUUUUUUCAUUGUCUUAAAUAUUAUCUUUGAGGCGAUACAUCAAGGUUUGAAGAGGGACAAAUUGUAAGUCCUUCAAAACGUUAUCUAGAAUGUUAUUGCAUAUUGACAUUAUGGAAGUCUAAUAUUUUAUAUAUGUUGCUAUAUUUAAAACAGUUUUUGUCUUUUAAAACACUUUACUCGCUCACGUCUCUACAUGAACGAGUUUACAUCCUCACCGCCAGAAUGCGAAGCUUCUCUCCAUAUCGACAGCCGAGUCUGAUCAUCUGUUUUCUCGACGGAGGGAAGCACAACAGCAAAAGCCUUUGACACACACUCAUCAGAUUGACCACGUCUGUUUAACUUUCCAGUCUCGGCAUGAACCGCAGAGACCCGAUGCACCAGAUUAGAUUUAGAAUCAGCCUGUCUAUGAAAUUAACUCAUCUGGUGGCUGUAUCUCCUCCGUAAAUCAGUUUACCUCGCUGUCAAAACAAAUUGGACAAAUUAGGUUGUUGAUAGAUACCAGAGAUUGUUCUGCAACAGGCUGUGAUCUCACAGGACACCCUAUACUUCUAGUGGACCAUGACUCCACUUUAACCACGGUCGGUUCAGGGGUUUCACAAGUUGAAAACAAGAUGGCCCCACAGUGAUGACUGAAUGUAUGAGGAAGAUGUCUGGCUUCACAUUAUGCUACAUGCUAUUUAUAAAUCCAAUUUCCUCCAGCACAUACGAUUGCAGAAAAUAUCUCAAAAAAGGGAGUGAUGAUGAUGACGGAUGAUGAUUGGAAUAAACAUCACAUAUCCACAUUCUCUCUUCUGCAGGCACGUUGUGCUCCUGCUAGCAAACAGAGAAGAAAUUCAUCUCUGGUCUGGUUUCAAGGAUGUCUCAUAUCUCUCUAUCAAGAUGCAAGUAGAAUGGGAUACCGUUAAAAAUGUAACAGUUGCACAAAUAGAAGUUGUCGGGUCAUCAAAGCCUCGGCUUGAAUGUCAACCUCAUGAGUGUGUAUCCACCACCAACAGCAUGAACUACCAACCAGGCUCUGCAGACACUAAUGGGCUCUGUUAUGGCCUUAUGAGCAGAGCUCCUCAACUUACGUUUCCUUCUCUAUCCUUUCAGAAGUGUCUUGUUUGAACCAGUGAAACACAUGGGCAAUGCAAUUCUGAUUGCUGAGCUGCGUGGGUCGAGGAAGAUUGUACAAUAAUUUAGAAAGCACAUGGUGCGGUGGAAUACCCAAAUCCACUCCACUCAUCCGCCUUAGACUUCAGACUUGACAGUGUAAGCAACAUUUAAUGAUGCAAGAGGAGAUCCCAAAUGACCCUCCACAGCCCUGAGAAAUGCAGUCGAGUAAAUCUUCUCUUCGGACAUUAGAUCCAACUGAGUACUUAAUCUCAUUGGCGGGAAGUAGGCGGCGUGGUGUAUCAGAUGAGGCAGUCCCGCUGAAAUUAAAAGAUGAUCCUAGAGAGCCGCUUUUCUUCACAGCUGAGGUCGCACAUCCCACCGAACAAUGGGAACUGAACUCCAUUAUAGCCACUAAUACCCAGAUCCCUCACUACGCUGCUGUCCCUGCAGGUCGGAUCACGACUCCAUUCAGGCUGAUACCGUGUGGUUGUUCAUGAACAGCACUGGGGACAAACUAACUGUAGCACUUAAACAUGUUCGAAACGUAGCAGUAUGACAGCUAACGGCCCCGCCCCCACAGCAGAGGGCCAAAGUUCAACCACCUAUCAAACAUAAAAGUAAGGAGAACACGGAUAUUGAAACAGCUUAGGAUUUCAGAAAAUGUGUGUUUCUUCUUCCAGAAAUGAUGCAGUAAGUAGGACAGUUUUUUGGUUCAUAAGUGAAGGUAAUAAGCAGGAAUUUGUGCCAGCACGUAUUCAUUUUGGCUCAAAAUUUUUUUGUAUUUUCUCGUUUAAGGCUUCAUACCAACUUUCGAGUCUCCAUUGAAUUUAACACUUGUCACCAAAUUUCAGAUCAAAAUCCAGUGGAACAAUGCAAAUAAGCUGACAUCCACCAAUCCAAGAUAUUGGUUUUGGUUGGUUGGUCAAAUUAUAUUCAUCAGCUUUUUUGGAAAGAUGAAUGUGUUGAGUCUAUGGUCAUUUACAUUUGAUUUUAGGAUCAAUUUACCGAUGUGGAUUCGUCACAAUUUGAAUCUGAAAUUAUUGAUUUACAAAAGAAGUUCACUUGUUCUUGAGCUUUCGGCCACAUAACACCUUCCCUCGUCCACAUGUAGAAUUUACUUUGUUGUCAUUUAACUAGAGACAUGGUUUCCGCUUGUUAGACUUCUCAUCCACGUCCAAGUCUAAAAGGAGUAGUUACACCUUUUUGCUAAAUGCACUUAUUCGUUAGGAAGUUGGGAAUUUGUUAGUCUAGCAUAUAUGUUCGACCUCGGAAACAACAGUUUAGAGGUUGUGAAAUCAGAAUUUAUUAAGUAAAGAAAAAAAUAUACUCACCUCCUCUGGAGCGUUCAACCAUAUCGCAGGGUCUUCAUCCGGUGAGCUGAGCCUAAAUUCACUUCCAUACAUCACUAUAAUUAUGUUUUGCCAUUUUACUGGAGUUCCCAAAUUCUCAGUGUCAAAUUCGUGCUCUAUAUAUAGAACCUUCCAAAAUCUCAACGUGUCUCCAUGGCACGUCCAAGAAAUUUUGCCAACUGUCCCUUAGUGCAAUGCUUUGCGUUAAAGCAAAAUUUACAGUUGUGUGACAUUUACAGUGUCAGUGAGGCAAAGUGAAAGUACAUGACAAACUGAUUCUGGACACCUAUGAUAUGUGUCAGUGUGACACUGUGAUGUUUAAAGGUUUUUUAUGACUGAGCUUUGUAGGACUUGAUGAGAUGAAUUAUUAAGUUUGAUGACAGUCGGCUCCUUAAAUACAAAUGCAAAUUCAAAAUCUGGGUCAAAAGCAAAUUUUACGUUGGCACAAACAUACUCCCAUACCUAAUGUCCUAGAAGUCUCAAAAUAUUUGCUGGGAUGAAUAUUUGCUGAGAUAAGCACCUCACGGAACUGUUGUAGAUGAGUCAUUCUGAAAAGUGAGACCCCGGGGCAGUGAGGAGUUCUGGGUCUCAACAGCGCACAACAAAAACCCAUCUGCGUUCCAUCCCUGCCCAGAAAUACAUAUCAUAAGGGAAACCAGAGCUGUUUUAGGUUUGGUUUUGUUUUGUUUUCGCGUGUUUGAAUGUGAAUUAUGUCAUGGAGUCUGUCAGAUGAAUGAUAUGCAGUGUUAAGGAAUAAUUACUUCUAUCUCAAUGUGACAUAGGAAAUGUUCUCCCUUGAUUUUCUGUCUUCCUCUCCUGGUGAGAGAUGUAGGUAGGGCGUCAAGGUGUUCUUAUUUUAUUUAAAAUUGUUUUCCUUUUACGAAGCUGGAAAACCUUCACAGCCGAAGAAUGUCCACAUCCACUCCUGGCGCGUCUGGCGUGCCCUCGGGCACCCGGACACAGCAGGAGCCGUUAUCUGUUCCCUUAGGAAACAACUUCACAAUGCUGAAUUACAUCUUGUUUGUUUCUGUUGAAUGUUGUACCGACGUAACUGUAAUACUUUACUAUCUAGCUCACUGCAGAGAUGUUACAUAAAUGGUGUGUGCUUUGCAUUUCAUUUGGCAGCUCUGUGGAAAAGACGCUCCUUCAUUUGUCCUUGGGAUCCUGGAAUCGCAUCUGAAUAAUGUAAAACAAUUCAAAAGGAGGAGUAACUGGAACUUGGUGGGCUGACCUGGGCAUCCGGUCGCCACAACACACACGUGUACAAUUUGCGACAAAUAAGAGAGAGAAACCCGUGAGUGGAGGAAAUGGACAACCAAGUCACCUCAGCACCUGAUGUCAUUGAUAUGCUCUGUUCCUGUUCCAUGUCUAACAACAGAGCUGCUCCACUCCCCACCCUCUGCCAGGAAGCCAAUCAGCUGUCGUCAAUCAAUCAAACCCAAUCAGUCGACAGCUAUUUGGUUGACAGGUCAACAAAUGAACUAGGGCUUGACGGGGUAUGUGAAUAAGUGCUUUGAAAAACCAACAGGAUUUGACUAAAUCAGCCUAAAUCACCCUUCAGAGUGUCACACAGCAAACAACUGCCCUCCACCAGGAAUAUAUCAACGCUGCACUACUACAUAUCUUUAUACUAUGAUAGAACAUUCUCAUGGUGUAAUGUGUGUAGUGUGUCAAAGGUGUCACUUUUUCUGAAAACCCCAAUACGAAUAAUCACCCGACUCUACAGUUCUAUGAAGCUUCACAGCCUCUCUAAACACUUUGCUUUGGUUUAUUGUCUUGCAACUUAACAGUUGACCUUCAGUCUCACUGCUGUCAAUGUCCUCACUUGCAUCUGCAGGUGGAACUUCCGCUAACUGGACAUCCCCCACCUUGCAUCAGGCACCAAUCUGACAACACAACAGGAAGAAGAGAGAAACAGAAACAUGACUCCAAAUGAAUGUCCCUCUACAGCUGCUUUCAGACAUGCACUGGACUCCACAGCUCCUCCGUAUUUUCUCCGAAGGAGGUGCAUGUGUGAACGCAAAUGUCCAAGUGAGACGUUCCGUGGUUUCUACUGACCUCUUGUUGUAAACGCAUCUCUGCAGAAAAGGCAAACUCUGGGGGAAAUCCAAAAUUCUCCACCUUUUACCUGGAGUUCAUGUUUGACAACAGCUAGAUGUCCUCUUGAGCUGAAGGUUGACUUGUCCCUUUAAAUAGGAGGUUUUGAAUACCUGCAAAUUACAGAUACUUUGCUCCCUUGUAUGCUACAGUAUGAGGAAGGUGGGACCUUGGAAAACCAGGACAACUUCCAGUUUUUCUGUCUUUGCAGCUUUCCCACAUCAUUUCAAGAUGGCUGCCCUAUUGUCAGCCUUGUAGUAAUACCAAACCUCAGUGAGCGAUUUUUUGUGUCACUGACUGAAUUAUAUUUCAUAUUUUGUUUCAAUGUAACAAGUAAAUGCUUUGCAACCAUUGAGCCGGCAGUUUGUUGUGACUUGACGUCGCCAAGUAUCCGAUAUCCUCAACAUUUGAGUCAAAUUACAGGCAGAAGGCUGUUGUGAAGUUUUUCCCACUGGUCCGACCAGUUUUACAUUAACACAAACACAUGGCAGUUGUGUUACAAAGACCCUGUAUCUCAGUCUCACAUACCAGUCCAACCCUAGACAAAACCAGGAGCCAGAACACUAGACUGUGAACCAGUAUCAGUCAUUAACAGUAGCUCUGUUGUUGUCCAUCUCGAAGGUGUAUUUGGUCGACAUCAUAAACUGUCCAUCGUCGCCUUUUUUCCAUCUGUUACAGAGGACCUCCCCACCAGUCAUAUGCAGUGUUGUAUAGUCGUGUUAAUAUGAGACAUAAUGAUCACAUCCCACUGAGCGCGAGAGGGGGGCAGGGGCAGGGACGGAUGAGGAUCGAUCCCAUCAGCCCCUGCUGCCGGCUCCACAGGGUGAACUUGACCUCAGUAGCUGCUCUGAGGUUUGCGCUCCGAUCUGUUUCUCCAUUUAAAAUAUUGUCUCUGUUUGUACAUUAACAUAUGCUUUUUAUGUUCAUAUACUGUUUAACUUUACCAUGAACUGUCCUGGCAAAGUAAUAAAAUAUAUUUAUUUUAAAAA